GAACCUUUAAGUAACAACCUCCAGAGAUGAAGACCAUCCUCGUGUUCGCCUGCCUUUCGAUGGCCUUGUGCCUGGCAGCUCCUGCCCAGGAAGCGGAGAUCGUCGAGCAGAAGUCGGAGGUCAACGCCGAUAGCUACAACUACAGUUUCGAGACUAGCGAUGGCACCAAGCAGGAGCAGCACGGCACGGUUAAGAACCUCGGACCCGAGGAGGAGGCCCUCCAGGUGGCAGGAUCCUACAGCUACGUCGGAGACGACGGGCAGACCUACUCCAUUACCUACGUGGCCGAUGAAAAUGGUUUCCAGCCGCAGGGCGAGCACAUUCCCCACCUUUAAAUCCUUUUCUGGAUGCUUUGCGAAAAAUCUAGUGACAGAUUUGUCCAGCAAUACUUUACACUUAGA